GCAGCAACGACGCCGUCUACAAAGUCGGCGCAUUCGCCAACCGCCUCGAUUAGGCGCAAAAAUAAUAGUAGCAACAGCAAUAAUAAAAGUGGACAACAUAAACAACAACAACAACAAAUUACAAAUAUGGUAACUAAUGUUGCAACAUCAAAUCAACAACAACAAGGAGUUUUGUCAAAUAAACAACAAACAAAUGAUGACCAAAAUUCCCAACAAACAUUCAAAACACCAACAACACCAACAAACGAAAACAUUCUUUUUUCUGAUGCAUUGCAACAACAACAUUUACAACAAAUGUUUUCUCAAUUACAACAACAAUUUUUGUCCAAUUUUCAAGAAACAAAUGUUUCAUCAAUUAUAGAGAGUGGAUCGCAACAACAACAACAACAAACAUCUCUUUUUACUCCAGAAAAUGCUUCUGCUGGACAAACGCUUGCUUUGUUUGCAGCAGCAGUUAAUGGUCAAAAUGAAUCCCUACUUAAACAACAACAAGUUUCUUCAAUUUAUUCAAUGUUUCCAACAACAACAACAACAAGCAACGAUAUUUUAAAUUCAUUUUCACAACAAGAUUUGACCAACAUGUUAUUAAUGCCUGGAUUAUUUUCUAAUUCAAAUGCUUCCCAAUUUUUACAAAAACAAUUUGAAGAACAAAUUGCUAAUAAUAAUACAAAUAUGGCUGAAAAUUCUUCUUUAGUUUCUUCAUCUCCUCAAAUGAGUGAUGUAAGUGGUGAUAAAAUUUACAAAACAGAAUCUAAUGAAGUUGAAGAAAAUGAUUGUUUUUCACCUCCACCAAAACGUAAUAAAAAUAUGAGAGGUUCAACUGAACGCCAAAAUAAUCAACAACAAACAAGAAAAUCAUCAGAAAAUUCUUUAUUAAAUGAUCAUCAACAAAAUAAUUUUGGUGGAAAUAAUAAUUCUAGAUCAAUUUUGGAUUGGGAACAUCAACAACAAAAUUCUUCCCCUCCUUUGAUUGAUGCUUGUGGUGGUGGUGGGGGAGGUGGUGGAGGGGGAGGAGGUGGAGGAAAUGGGAAACGUAAACAACGUAGAUAUCGAACAACUUUUAAUUCUAGCCAAUUAGAUGAAAUGGAGAAAACAUUCCAAUUUCAACAAUAUCCAGAUGUUUACGUGAGAGAAGCAUUGGCUCUCAAAAUUAAUUUAACUGAAGCUCGCGUUCAAGUAUGGUUUCAAAAUCGUCGUGCAAAAUGUCGAAAGACUGCACGAAGCUUUGAUCGUAACAACUCUUACCUGCUUACUGGACAACCAUUCAAUUCUAAUAAUGCUUCAACUUCUGCUGCCGCAUUAAAUACAGUUGCUGCUGCUUUAAAUCCUCAGUUUUUAUUUGCAAUGGCUGCUGCUUCAACAAAUAAUAAUCUACUUACUCCAACUAGUAUAGAACAACAAUUUCAAUUUUUAAAUAAUAAUAGCAAUAAUAAUGAUAAUUGUUUGGCUGCAGCUUCAAUGUUGGCUUCACUGAAUGCUGCUGCUGCUGCUUCAACAACAAAUAAUAAUUGUGAAGCAAAUAAUGAAGCAAAAUUAAAUAAUGCUUCAAUUAUGCCUUUAUUAUCAUCAUCUUCCCCAGCAGAUAUUUGUAAAACAACAUCAAUAUCUCCUCCUUUAAUAAAACGUUCUGCUAGUGGUGGUUCUUCUUCUGCUGCACAUUCCCCUCCUUUAAAUAAUCGAAAAACAAAAUCAAAUAUUAGCAGCAGUGGUGGUGAUGUUGAAGCAUUUUUGACAAAACAACAUUUUAAUUUCUCUGAUAUUGCUUCACUUGCAACAAAUCAACAACAACAAUUAUUACAAUCUACUUCUGCUGCACUUAUUAAAGCUGAAGAAGAAAGUAGUAAUGAUGCUGCUAAUAAUGUUGCUUCAUCUUCUAUUUUUCAACAAUCAUUUCCUCCAUUUAUUGUUAACGAAGCUCUUCAAUCAUUUCCUCCCUUGUUCUACCCUACAUCUACAACUUCCAAUAGCAACAAUUCUGCCACAACAUCUACAAUAAAUAUUUCUUCUUCUGCUUCAACAGAACAACAACAGCUUCCUUCUACUUUAAAUGAUGUUACAUCAGCUUUAUUUCAACAAUAUUUAAAUUCUUUAAAUUAUAUUAAUAGUGGAGAAGAAGGGGUAAAAACUGAAGCAAAAAUUGACAACCACAAAAUUGAGUUGAAGCAAGAAGAAAUUAAGGAAGAAGAAAAAAUUAGCAAAUAAAAAAUUUUUUUUUAAUAAUUUUAAAUUUUAGGCAAUACUCUUUUUUAUUUUUUUUUUAAAUUCUCUCAUUUUUAAAAUUAAAUACUUACCACAAAAAAAUUUAUUUUUUUAUAAAAUACUUACACCACAAAACAACAACGCAAUUAAUUUUAAA